GCAUCGCAAUUCCAAUCCCGAUUCGCGGGAUCGAAGAAAACGGCGCCAACUUUCAAAACUUCACCUGCGUGCUAAAGCCCAGCCGUUUCGGUGACUUCAUCUUGUACGGUUCGAUAGCCGCCUUCUUCGUCCCGCUGGCCAUCAUGGUGGUGAGUUACUUCCUGACCAUCCGGGUCCUGCACAGGAAAGCUUACUUGAUCAACAAGCCGCCUCCACGCCUGACUUGGAACGCCAUCUCCACCAUUUUCCAGCGGGAGAUGACGACGCCCGGGUCCUCGCCAGAAAAAAUGGCCAUGCUGGACGGUUCCCGCAAGGACAGAGCCUUGCCAAAUGGGAACGAACAAAUGCUGGUACGCAGGGUGUCCACCGUCGGGAAAAAAUCGGUCCAGUCGAUCACCAACGAACAGCGGGCUUCCAAGGUGCUGGGGAUCGUGUUCUUCCUUUUUUUGGUGAUGUGGUGUCCCUUCUUCAUCACCAACAUCACCUCGGUCCUGUGCAAAUCCUGCAGCGAGGAGUUCAUUCAGAUGCUGAUGGAGAUCUUCGUCUGGAUCGGCUAUGUCUCCUCAGGGGUGAAUCCGCUGGUCUACACCCUUUUCAACAAGACCUUCCGGGAAGCCUUCGGCAGGUACAUCACCUGCAAUUACCAGACUUCGGCUGCCGGCACAGCCUCCCGGAAACCCUCUGCCAGACUUUCGUUCCGGAAUUCAGUGACUGAGAACUCCAAGAUUUUUAUGAUGCACCACGGCAGGCGGAACGGGAUCAAUCCGGUCAGCUACCCGAACCACCGGCUUUGCAGUUCGCCUAUCCAGUCGUCGUCGGCUGUUCUGCUGGACACGUUGCUCCUCACUGAGCACGAAGUGAACAAAACAGAAGAACAAGCCAGCUAUGUGUAGCCUGGUGUUGGGAAACACACACCCCAUGCGUGCGAAGCCCAUCGGGGAAACGCCAGUAUGUAUAUAUGGUUUUCAUCCAUUAUUUAUACGAUUCCUAAUGGCAGUUUUAAUAAUUGGUCUCCUCCUGCCCCAAGA